AUGACGGUCGGCACUGUCAAAAUCCUGAUCUACCUCGCCGGAGUUGCGAAGAUCAUCCAGUUCCUCAUCCUUGACAAACCAGCGAUCUACAACGCUAUUCUCGGCACACCUUGGUUACACACGAUGAGGCAGUUACCUAUACAUUCGAUUACUCAAGUCUGCAUCGACAAACUAAGGCCAGAGUGCCAGGUCGGCAUCGGUGCCGAACUUGACUUAAAGAUCCGUGACAUCCUCGUUCAUUUCCUGAAGCAACACUCAUCCACCUUUACAUGGUCAGUAGAGGAUAUGCCCGGGAGCGAUCCACAAAUCGCUUGUCAUGAACUCAACAUCGAUCCGACAUAUAAGCCGAUUGAGCAGAAACGCCGAAAACUCGGGCCAGAGAAAGCACAAGCCGUCAACGAUGAGGUCGAUCGGUUACUCAAAGCAGGAUCCAUCAGCGAGGUCAAGUACCCCGACUGGCUAGCAAAUCCCGUAGUUAUCAAAAAGAAGAAUGGCAAAUGGAAGAGUUGCGUCGACUUCACCGACCUCAAUAAAGCAUGCUCAAAAGACAGCUUUCCUUUGCCUCAAAUCGACCGCCUUGUGGAGGCAACUGCCGAAAGCGAACUCCUCUCAUUCAUGGACGCAUUCUCCGGGUACAACCAGAUUCUUAUGCAUCCUCAAGACCGGGAGAAAACGUCGUUUAUCAUGGAUCGCAGCAUAUACUGCUAUAAGGUUAUGCCCUUGUGUUUGAAGAAUGCUAGAGCAACGUACCAACGCCUAGUUAACCGAAUCUUCGCAAGCCAGCUCGGGCGAACUAUGGAAGUCUACAUUAACGACAUGCUCGUCAAGUCACUCGUCGCUUCCGAUCAUUACUUGUCUACGCCACCAAUUUUAUCCAAACCCGAAGCCGGCGAGACACUCUACCUUAACAUCACGAUCUCGGAGUACACGGUCAGUAGUGUCCUUGUUCGAGAAGACCGUGGCGAGCAGGAUCCAAUUUUCUACACGAGUAAGUCCCUCGACGGAUCGGCGUAUCGGUACCCAACCUUGGAGAAAUUCGCCUUCGCCGUGGUUAUCUCCGCACGAAAGUUACGCCCGUACUUUCAGUCACACUCGAUCGUUGUCAUAACCGACCAUCCUCUUCGCACCUUCCUUCACAGCCCAAGUCAAUCCGGCCGACUCGCCAAAUGGGCCAUUGAACUUAGAAAUUACGAUAUCGAAUAUCGAGGAAGGACCGCGACGAAAUCCCAAGUCUUGGCGGACUUCUUGGUCGAACUCCCACCCGAGCUCGUCGAUGCUAACCCGGCCGUACAACCCUGGAUCCUUCAUGCCGAUGGCUCCUCUUCCCAUAAAGGAUCCGGCGUCAGAAUUCGUCUCAAAUCUCCUGAAGGCAAGGUCAUCGAACAGUCAUUCCGCCUCAGCUUCCCAGCAUCUAACAACGAAGCCGAAUACGAAACAUUAAUCACCGGAUUACGCUUCGCCAAAGGAAUCGGCGCCGAACACAUCCACACCUACUGCGACUCUCAACUCGUAGCUAAUCAGUUUCACGGCGAAUACGAAGCUAAGAGUGAUCGCAUAGACGCAUACCUCAAAGUCCUCAAUGAUACUGCUUUGGAAUUCUCAACCUUCAAGCUUACGAAAAUACCGCGAGACGAGAACGCAACACCCGAUGCUCUAGCCGCCCUUGCGACUAACUCCGAUCCUGAUCUCCGGCGAACAAUUCCAGUCGCGGCAAUCAAACGACCUAGUAUCGAGCCCGCUCCGAGCUGCAAUAUUGUUACAAGACGACGCGACUACGAAUCCCGACCCAACCUCGCUCCACCCCUCACCCGGAAGAAAAAGCCUAAGGAAGUUGUCACCGAUCUCGAUACCGAUAUGAACGAACAAGACGACAACGAGUCCAAUCACGAGGACGAAUGCGAAGGCCAACACUUCCCAAUUGAUAUCGAAGCUGAGGGCGAAGACGAGCCCGAAGAUUGGACUUUAGAAAUUGUUGGCUACAUUGGCGAUGGAACGGUUCCCGCAGACAAAUGGGCAGCUCGUCGCCUUAAGGCUCGCACAGCUCGAUACGUGGUCAUUAAAGGCACCCUCCUUAGAUGGGACGCGUCCGGCGCACUUUUAACUUGUGUUCACGGCAACGACAUCAUGAAAGUUAUGCAGAAGGUACACGAAGGAGAAUGA